AACUUCCUUUCGCAUCGAUUGUAUCCUUCCCGGUCGUUGAGCAUCAUGGUCAACCUCUACUUCCAGCCAGAUGCCCAAAUGACGGUGCCAGACCGCAUGGUCAUGGACAUAUUGCAGAAGGAAUACGACCAGCACCAGGACUCGUCGAAACCGAAACGUGAAGACUCGGACGAUUCGCUUUCGUCGUCGCCUAAGAAGCACACGAGGUUUGAAUCAGAUUCUCCAGAAGAUAUCCAAGAACUCUCCACGCAAACCCUCGCCCACCUCAAAGCCCUCAAUGACCCGUCCUCCAAAUCCUUCGAACCGACCGUCUUCGUCUCCGUCGACUACCCCGAUAUCCAAUCCCCUCUCCUCCGCAAGUACAUCAUCGAACCCUACACCCGCUGGGCCCGCACAGUCGUCCGCGUCGAAACUGACGUCGUGAUGCUGACCCAUCUCUUCCUCUACCUCUUCACCAGCAUCCCUUCCGCCCUCUACCUCUUCUAUAACUUCCACUGGUGGCACGCACCUCUCCAUGCAGCCAUGCAGUUAUACUACAUGGGCUCCUACACGCUGAUGAUGCAUCAACACAUCCACAUGCGCGGUAUUCUCUCCAAGAAGUUCUCUUUCAUCGAUGCGGCGUUUCCUUAUAUCCUCGAUCCGUUGAUGGGACAUACUUGGAACUCGUACUACUUCCACCACGUCAAACACCACCACGUCGAAGGCAACGGCCCCAACGACCUCUCAUCUACCAUUCGCUACCAACGUGACGAUCCUCUGCAUUUCCUGCACUACGUGGGUCGAUUCUACUUCUUGAUUUGGCUGGAUUUGCCCCUUUAUUUCAUAAGGAAUCGGAAAUUGGAGCUUGCGCUCAAGGCUGGAGGGUGCGAGAUGGCGAGUUACGCGUUCCUGUGGAGUAUGUUCACAAAGGUUGAUAAGCGCGCUACGAUCUUUGUGUUUUUGAUUCCGCUUGCGAUUAUGCGGUUGGGUAUGAUGAUUGGGAACUGGGGACAACAUGCCUUUGUGGAUGAGGUAGAGCCUACGUCCGAUUUCAGGAGCAGUAUUACGGUUAUUGAUGUUCCCAGCAACCGUUACUGCUUCAACGACGGCUACCAUACAUCGCACCACCUCAACCCCCUGCGCCACUGGCGCGACCACCCAUCCGCCUUCCUCGCUCAAAAAUCGCAAUACGCGGCCGAGCACGCGCUCGUGUUCUACAACAUCGAUUACCUCAUGAUCACGUUCAGUUUGCUGAGGAAGGACUAUAUGCAUCUUGCGCGAUGCUUGGUCCCGGUUAAUGACCAUCAGAUGGGUAUGACGCUGGAGGAGAGAGCGGAGUACCUAAGGGGGAAGACAAAGAGGUUCGAAGAGGGAGAGGUGAUGGGGAAAUGGGGAGUUAAAGGGGAUGGGAAGUCGAAAUAGACCCUAGAUCUGUUGGAAGGGGAGAAAGUGAGUACCAAGGUAUUCUUGUGUGUUCGUACAUGGAUGCUCUGAUAAUUCAUUAAAUGAACUCAUGUAGUCCCUUGUGUAUGUGCCAUGUGCACGACGGUUUCUCUUCAUCAUUUCUGCUUAACAUGCACCAUGCCCACGUUUUAUAAGUGUUUCGGUCUUUAUCUAGGUAAAAGGCUUUCGACAGAGUCCCGACUAUGGCAAUGUUUGAAAAAUUCACACGCUAUUCCUCUCAAUCUCAAUCAUUUUUCGACUUAGAAACCUACGCACAUGCUGCUUCUGACCAGUUACUUCUUCUUACUACUUACCUCCUUUUCCCACUAUUCAACCUUGUGAAAAUCUCCUCUGCACGCAUUCAUUCA